GUAACGAUCCCGAUCAACCAACAGAGUGAGGCGCUCCGACAGUGUGCGUUGGCGGUACACCUGUCCUCGUAGUGGGGCGCAAGGCCGCUAGGUGGCAGCGUUAUCGUGUCUGGCUGUCGAUUGGCGGGCAAGGCAGGCGCGAAGAGAGCGAGGAUCAGGCCUUCGCGAGGAACCUACGCACCGGCACUCUUGAAACCAGGUCAGCGAGUGUUUCCAAGAGUCACCCACGAAUCUUGUGAAAGAAAUUCUGGUUGCUGUCGGCGGAAGGAGGCUUCUAUGGGCGGUCCAGCCCAGCAGUGGCGUGUCUGAGUCCGGAGCAACAGAGACCUUUCCAAUAGAGGUUCGUACGGCUGCCACCGCCAUUGAUUCCAGCGUCCAGCACCUGAAGGCUGCUUGUUCCCCGUCAUGGUUGCUGCAGCGUUCCGACUGAGUGAGCUGUGAUCGCUCAGGCCUGUGGGACGUGUUCUCCUGAAUGUUAACUCUCUGUGCUCGUGUUCUGGUGUGCCGAGGUAAAUGUGCGGCCUAGGAUUCAAACUGAAGAACACCCCCUCCAAGAAGACCUCGCUGCGCUGGGGUGACUGCUGUGGGUGCCGGGCCGCUGCCAGCUCCACCUUCCGCCCCGACCAGUGGACAUGACUGGCUCCCCCUGACCUGACCCUGACCCCGGCCACCACUCGCUCCUUCUUGGGUGACCUCGGUGCUUCUCUUGCCCCUCUCACCACUCUCCUGUCUCAAUAAACUUUUCUUCGAGUGACUUCACCGAGCAGUCGCUGGCGCGCUCCCUCGCUCUCUCUCUCUCUCUUUCGCCGGGCAAGUCUUCCAGGAGGCGUUGCUAUCCUCAAGAAAACUGAAGAAGUGACGAGCCGAGACGAGGCACAAGGAACAAUAGACAUGAAGUUUAUUAUUUUUGUUAAGAAAUAUACGUAAACUAUUUUGAACCCUUGAAGUUUUAUAAGAGCUUUGAAAAGAUUUAUAUUUUGAGAAGAAUGAAUCUCUCUUCUCGAAGCGUGAGCCGCAGGGAGGCUUAACUACCUGUCGCAAGGACCUUCGCCAGGUGAAUACAUUAGGGACACCUGGAGCCAAGCAAGACCAACCCAACCCAGCUCAACCCACCUCAAGCUAACCCAACAGCACCCACGCUUCCCUCACCUUCUCAGCCGCCACCAUGACUAUCAACGUUGGAGGAAUCAUCGCCAUCGUCCUCUUCUACCUUCUCAUCCUCGUCGUCGGCAUCUGGGCGGCGAAGAAGAAGCCUGAAGGGGAGGAUGAUGCCGACGAUGUGAUGUUAGCGGGGCGGAGUAUAGGCGUGUUCGUAGGGAUAUUUACGAUGACAGCCACCUGGGUCGGCGGCGGGUAUAUAAACGGGACGGCCGAGGCGGUGUACGAUACGGGCCUCGUCUGGUGCCAGGCCCCCUUCGGAUACGCUAUGUCGCUGAUCUUCGGCGGCGUGCUCUUCGCUAACAAGAUGCGCUCCCAAGGGUACGUGACGAUGCUGGACCCGCUGCAGGACAAGUUCGGGGAGCGGAUGGGCGGCCUGCUCUUUUUGCCGGCGCUAUGUGGAGAAGUGUUCUGGUCGGCGGCCAUCCUCGGAGCACUGGGUGCUACGCUAUCGGUCGUCUUGGAUAUGGAGCAGGAGAUGGCCGUCAUCCUGUCCGCGUUCAUAGCUGUGGCGUACACCCUAUUCGGAGGCCUGUACGCUGUGGCCUAUACGGACGUGGUUCAACUCGGGUGCAUAUUCUUAGGACUGUGGCUGUGCAUCCCCUUCGCCUGGAACCAUCCCGCCGUCGGGGACGUGAUCAACACGGACAAGGACUGGAUCGGGGCAGUGCCCACCAAACAACUGGGACUCUACUUCGACUACUGCCUCCUGCUGGUGUUCGGCGGCAUCCCCUGGCAGGUGUACUUCCAGCGCGUGUUGUCCAGCAAGUCGGGGCACAAGGCUCAGAUCCUGUCCUACGUGGCCGCCUUCGGGUGCCUCAUCAUGGCAGUGCCGCCCGUCAUCAUCGGUGCCAUCGCCAAGGUCACGAACUGGAACGAUACGGACCUGGAAUGUGAGGAUGCCUUGACCUGCAUCUCCACUAACCACACGGCCAUGAUCCUGCCCCUCGUCAUCCAGCACCUCACGCCCCCCUUCGUCUCCUUCGUUGGCCUCGGUGCCAUCUCCGCCGCCGUCAUGAGCUCCGCCGACUCCUCAGUGCUGUCCGCCGCCUCCAUGUUCGCCAGGAAUAUUUGGAAACUCAUCUUCCGGCAGAAUGCUAGCGAGACGGAGGUGCUGUGGGUGAUGCGGGUUGCCAUCUUCUUCGUCGGGGCUCUGGCCACAACCCUCGCCCUCACCAUCCCCUCCAUCUACGGGCUGUGGUAUCUCUCGUCGGACUUGGUGUACGUGAUCCUGUUCCCUCAGCUGCUCAUGGUCGUGCACUUCAGAAACCACUGUAACCUCUACGGCUCCCUCGGCGCCUAUAUCGUGGGGCUCAUCGUCCGCCUUCUGGGAGGGGAGUCCAUGAUCGGAAUCCCGCCCAUUAUCAAGUAUCCGUGGUAUGAUGAGGAAAACGAGGUCCAGCUCUUCCCCUUCCGCACGCUAGCCAUGUUGCUCUCCGGCCUGUUCCUCGUCAGCGCCUCCAUGUUCUCCCGCUGGGUGUUCGAGACCGGCCGCCUCCCGCCCAAAUACGACGUCUUCCGCUGCGUCGUCAACAUCCCCGACGACGUACAGAAGGUGGGCGAACCGCAGGAGGGCGAGAUGACCAUGAUGGCGUGCCACUCCGUCGUAAAGUACGAUGCCACCGGGGAGAUGAACGGCCGCAUCAACCCGGCACUGACCCUCGGCUCCGACAGCGAGGAAGACAUCCCCGCCCCGACAACCACCACUGCCGAUGGGAAGGUGAAGAAACGCCUGGUCGGGGAGAUCAUUUCCCCGCCGCCCAUCACCUCCCCUAAGAAGCACGACCAGACGAAGCUGUGAAAUAAGUAAAGGAGCCGGAGACGACCCACUCCGGCGACCUCUGAAGGUUCCCCUUGAGACGAACGACCCCGCGCAAGCCACUCUCCUUUAGGUCAUUGAUAUUGAUCCCCGCUGACCUUUGAGGACCUUCACUAGUCUUCGGAAACCUCAGUAACAGUCUCUUCGGGGUCCCCAAGAAAACAGCUAGUCUGGAAGGCUUCGAAAAGAGCCGCCUGUCAGUCCUUGAAGACCCCCUCGGAGUCCCACUCGAGCCGUAGGUCCCGUAGUGAUGUCAAACUCGAGCGUAAUAGUUAGCUUUUAAAGGGGGAAGGACAGGUGACACUUCCGCUGACCUUUGCCCUUGUUUCCGUUACUUCCCAAUCGCCCUUUAUCUUGUGUACCGAUGAUCUCUUCCUUGCCGUGCUGUCUCGUGUUGACCUUUGUCCUGAGAGUAUUCGUUUUCCCCUUUUCCUCAUCAUCUUUCCUUCCUCCUUUAGGAUUUUCAAUUAUGCGAUGUAGGUGUGUGCCUAGUCCGUGCCCGUCGGUUAUUUUUGUAGACAGAUAGGUAGGUGUUUUCUAGUGAGAGUUCGUGGUGUUGCCGAUCGCUUGGUGACUGUCCUGGUCUCUAGAGUAGCAAUGCAUUAACGAAGAGAAAGAGAGAGAUGGCGCGCUGCUCCCUAUCGGCCUUGAGAUCACCUGGCAGACUGGUCGAGGUGUUGGGUGCGGAACCUUGCGGUAGAACUCCUUUGAGGAUGAAGUGAUUUGCUCAGCUGUCGCUCCUGGUGUCACCGCAUGGGGCUGAGGAGGAAGGACUUGAUCUUGAGGCACCAAAGGACAUCGAUUUCUGAUUCUGGUUUCCUGGAAGACCUCAAGACGCGAACCGCACGGAGCCACAACGAUAUUGACCACACUCCAUCUUCCUCCCCAACAUAAAUCUUGACAAAUUAUAAAGAAGAGCCGAAACGAGGACAAACUUUGGGGACUCUUCAUCUUCUCCCUCCCUCAAGUAAGGUCCUGUUCACCUGUAGCUUGAGCCUUUCCAAUCGACAGGACCAGCAACCCGCCACUAUCUCGCUAAAGAGAAGGCGGAUGCUCAAUCUAUCCCUGUGAACGUAAAACAAACUGAAGCAACACGAACACGCCACUUAGCAAGACGUCUUGACCUCCACUUGACCCCCAACGCGGCGACAACUCAAAGGGAAGGACCGGCGAACACUACGGAGGGAGAAAAACAAUAUGGCAACGUUUCCAGAAUGUCGAGACUAAAAAGGACCAACUCCGACCCCUUUGAAAACGCACGUCUCAGUCUCUCUUUGUUAAUGGUGAACCUCGGCGAGUGUGAGCGCUCUAAGGUGUGUAGACUCUAUGUAGGACCACCAGCAAUAAAUAUAAAAUAGUGGAAAACCAUAAAAAAUAAUAAAGCAUUCAGUGUUAGCGAUGAGCGAGUCCUAUCAAGUCUGUGUUUACCUCCCUAGUGACCCGGGUACUGGUGGCAUGAGUCGCUCGGGCGGGAGGUUGGCGAUGACUCUUUACUCAGUGUUCUCCUCGAUGUCGGUGUGUGAGUGAGUGGCGAGUGGUGAGUGCGUCGGUGUGUGAUGUCCAACCUGACUUUCGUUUCCUAGCGCCGGAGAUUCGUCGUAUGUACCCCUCCUCCUCCCCUUCGGCCUCCACAACCUUCCCCGCCUCUACCUCCCCCAUCUUCUUCCCUAUCUUCUGUUCUCCUCCACGACGUACCCUCCCACGCCUUCCUCUUCCCUAGCCCUCUCAAUCUCUCUUCCCCUUCCUCCUCCACCUCGUAACCUCUCUACCUCCCCAACUCCCUUUCCCUCCCACUAUUCUCUUCCCCCUUCCCCUUGACCUCCUCAGACCCCUCCCCUCCCCCUCCUUCCCGCCUUCCAUCAUUCCCACGUAAACGCUGUCCAGUCUCGUUCGUUUGAAAACGUUCCUUUCUUCUCAUCAACAGGGUUCUUUUGUGUUGCAUCGGAGUCACACGCGCUCAAGUGUCACGCCGGAACGUUUGUGUUUACGUAAGAGUCAUGUUACGUGCGCUUAUUAUUACAUUGAUUAAUUGUAUUUUUUUAAAAUUUUGUUUUAUUCGCGUGUGGUUCAAGGGGAUUUUUUUUUUUACUUGUGUUUGAGUCCCUCCUUUUUUUUCCCGAGAUUAUUUGGCACGAGUUUUCCAUCAACUGUUUUCCUCUCUCGCGCUCUCGUCCGUAUUCUUAAACGUAUCGGCGCCUCAGUUCACCUGUUUGAAAAGCCUCUCGUGGAAGUUGCUGGGAUUUUCAUGGACUGUUUUGUGGUCCCAGUGAUAGUUUUACACGACUUCUGCACACCAUGAACUCUAAAAUCACCAUGAAAACCCGGUUAAUCUUCUCUGCGGCCUUGGGAAACAGUCGUAAAUAAUCAACGCUGCCAGACUGUCGUGCUCUGCCUCUUCUGUUUGCCGAUUUCCGACCCUAAAACUGCUUCAUCACCCAAAUAACUGUCUUCAUAUAUGGUUAUCGUUUAAAUGGUUAAUUAUUGGUGUUUCUUGGCAAGAGUUAUGGGCCAGAAACCGGUAAAUACGAGGCUCUGAGUACGAUAAUCUGACAACCGUGGUCGUAAUGGGAGCCCGAUACGUUUACUAAUAUGGACCUCUAUCCGACGAUGCGAUGAUCUAGGCAAGCAAGGUACAUGUGAUUUUAGCUGUUUUCCCAAUUACUGUUAAUGUUGUUACUGUUGUUGUUCUCGAGUGUGGGGAGGCACACACACACACACACACACACGAACACACACCUGGCUCUUCUGACGUGCGCACACCCGCCCUCUUGCACACAUGUCACCAAAGAAUCGUGUACGUGGAAGUGUGUGUGCGUGACCUCAAGAUUUAAGACAAGGAUGGUUGGCUGCCGAUCCGUGUACGUGCUGUGUAUUGUUAAGGCGUGGUGCUGCCCUGCUGUGGCCUGCUGUGGGACUUACCGGGAGGGAGAACAGCCUCUGCCAUGCCCUACCAGCCACCCUGCACCUCCCACCCCUUCAGCUCUCUCUCUAAGCCUCUCUAUACCGUCCCUGGGCCCCUAGAGACCUCCUAAUGCCUUGUUCACGUCACUCAACGACCCUAACAGCCUCUGCCAUGUCCUUCCAGCCACCUUGCACCUACUACCCCUUCAGCUCCCUCUCUAUAACUCUAUACCGUCCCUGGGCCCCUAGAAACUUCCUAAUACCUUGUUCACGCCACCCAGCGACUCUUAACCUAGGGAGAACAGCCUCUGCCAUACCCUACCAGCCACCCUGCACCUCCUUCUCCCCUUCAGCUCUCUCUCUAAACCUCUCUAUACUGUCCUUGGACCCCAAGAGACUUCCUUAUACAUUGUUCACGCCACCCAGCGACCCUUCACCUUUCCCUUCAUAACCUUCUCACGUCGUCUCAUGCCCACGACACACACGCCCUCCGACACCCGCCUCCUCAUACAACAACACCCGGCCGCCCCCUAAUCCCAGGACGCACACACGCACACAGCCACACACGCUUCUUCUUCUCCCUCCUGAGUCACCUGCCCUUGCCUACCUGAGGCGUGAAAGGUAUCAAGACAACAAAGGUUAUUUCCUCAUCUUAUUAUUUACUCAUGUUUCCUCCUUUUUCUUCCUUCUCGUCCCAUGAGCUUGGCGGCUGGCGGGGCGGUAUCCUCCCGGGUUGUGGUUGUGAUAUAUUUACCGUGGACGCUUCGAGGCCGCGGCGGCAGGGCAACACCUUGAUCGAUUGGCUGCAGAGGAAACGUGGGUCGGCAGGUCCGUGAAGGCUGAUCGUCCCUUACAUCGAGUUGUUUUGUUGGACUCAUCUUUUUUCCUUGUGGUCUGCCUCUGCGGCGACCCCGAAACUGUGACGUCACUUGGAGGGCCUUCACUGAUUGGCUCUUCGAUCAGCCACUCACGGUGUUCACCCAAGACGAUGAAAACUACUCACAAACCACAAUGACAUAUUCUUCAAUACCUUUACAAUGAUCUUCAACAAUAACUACGUCACUUCAAUAGAGAGUUUGUGGUUAUUUUGAAUGAAGGAUUAUUUUUUUAGUGAAACUUCUCGAUAUUUUUAUGCAAACGUUUAUAGGGCGGGAAAUUGAGCAAACAAAUGAAGUACGAAACGCGAAAGGGACGUCCCAGGGCACUGAAUGACAGCCAAACGCUCCUUAGACGCUGCCUCCGAUGUCUGAAACCCCCAUUCCGAGCGGCCCCGUUUUUGAGAGUCCAUACUUAGGUGUUUUUUAGCGGCUUGUAGUGUUGUGUGUAGCGUCUGUACAUACAUAGGUGUCGUGACGGAGACAGAGAGAGAGGGAGAGAGAGAGAGAGCGCGCGGCGUCAAGGCCCUCUAGGUGGUUACAAUGGAUAUACAUACAAUAUAUAUUUUUCCUUUGAACGUACGCGUAAAAGCAUCGGUGUUAUCUAGUGUGUAAUGGAAGUAUUUUUGUUGAUAGAUAUAAAGAUGAUAAUAAUGACUCACAGUGGGCAAAUAUGCAUGUACAGUUAUUUUUCUGGUAAUAAUGAAUGAGUUUGAUGAUUACGUUUGUGUGACGCGGCUUCGAGGGUUUGGUGAGGGGGGUGAAGGUCGGCUCGAGGGGAGGGGGAAAGGGGGGAAGGGGAGGGAAGAGGAAGGUCAUGGGGUCAGGUUGAGGAUAAAUUGGGUGCCCCGAGUGAGGUCAGGUCAAGUGAUUGGCUUAUAACAUUACGGUUCAACCCAUUAGUCUUACCUCGUGAUCAGAGUGGCGGGUAAUGUUAUAAAUUUUGACUCCUAUGCCAUUAAUAAACUACGGAUAAGAUGCAAUUAAUCGACUGUUUACACUUAAAUAAACUUUGUAGCUCUUCAGAACGUUAAUUAAAGAAGAGUUAUCAGAUGAGGUAUAUAUAAUAAUAAAAAUUUUGAAUGAAAAGAUAAGUAGAGAAAGAAACAAGGAAAACUACGACAAAGACAAAGUUUUCCCAAGUAAUAAAUCGAGACAUACAAAAAAAAAAAAGAUAUAAUUAAAAGAAAAAUAACGCAAUGGCUGCCAAAUCUUAAUCCAAAACAACAAAAUGACAAAAGAAUAUAAAUAAAACAAAAGAAAAUCCACAUCCAGGUGCCAUAUCUUAAUCCAAAACAAGAGAAUGACAAAAAAUAUAAAUAAAUAAAAGAAAAUCAACGUAAUGGCUGCCAAAUCUUAACCCAAAACAACAAAAUGACAAAAGAAUAUAAAUAAAACAAAAGAAAAUCCAAAUCCAAAUGCCAUAAAAAGAAAUCAAUAUAAUGUCUACCAAAUCCUCACGAGAGAGAGAUGGAGAUGGAGAGAUAGAUAGAGAGACCACCACUAGUAGGCGCGCUGUGUUACAUUCAGUCUCUCCUCGGAAUAGUAUUAACUAAACUAGCCAGGGUUCCGAUCAUCACUAUUAUUACUAUUACUAUUAUUAUCCUCACCAUUACUUCACGUUCGUUCACAAAUAUGGAAGCGUCAUUCGUUAAUCCGUGGCUCGCUUGACUUGUUUGUUCUUUAUCGUUAAAAAUUGUCACUCCGAAACGUUACAAUCCCUCGCAUUCGUUACAAUCAUUACCGUUACGAUCGUUUACGUUAUAUCCCUCACUCCAGCCCACGCCGUCACUGUAUUAGAUGUUACUUAAGUUAACGUAUAAAAUCACUCUCUUGUUGAAUUUCCCUGUAUAAUUUAUGAAGGAAAGCAAUAUUAGCAGUGCACAUAAUUGUAUAAAGUUAUGGAUGGAGAGGAAGAGAACUACUACCAUUGAUCGCUAGGUGUCUAUAUAUAUUUUAUGUGGAGUCUAACUCUUUCCAUAACCCCGCAGGAAUAAAUAGUGUUUGUUUUCUGUUGGUGUUUGUGACAUAAUUAUUAAUAGCCUGUCCAGUUUGUUGUUGACGUGUGUUUGAGUGUGUGUGAUUGUGUGUGUGUGUGUGUGUGUGUGUGUGUGUGUGUGUGUGUGUGUGUGUGUGUCACUCAACUCCACCUCCACCUCCACUUCCACCUCCACAUCCAACUCUCUCCUCCUCGAUUUUUCCAUGACCUCUUAAAUUCCUAAACAGAAGGUCAGGUCAGGUCAUGUCAGGCUAAGACUCCCCCCUUUAGGGCUUUCCAGAGCUGACCUAAGACUGCCAAAACCAAUAACCCUUUAAGAGAGCACAUGAGGGUAAGGGCAAAGGUGAGGGAAGGCAGGUGAGGUUAAGAGUGAAGAGGUGUGUAAGAUAGCGCCAGAAAGAGGGUGAAGAAGGAAGGAGUGAGGGAGAAGGGAAGGAGGGGAGUAAAGGGAAGGGUGUGGGGAAGAAGAGGGGAGGCAGAAGGAACGUAAGAUAAAGAGGGGAUGGGGAACAGAAGUAGAUUGAGGUGAGAGAGAGAAGGGAAGAACAGGAACGAGGGGAAAAGGAAGGGAGGUAAGGUAGGCAUAGGAAGAACUGAAGAAGGGGACGAAAGGGAAAGGGAAGAAGGAUGACUGAAGGGAAAGGAUGAGGAAGGCGAGAGGAUGAAGGGGAUGAAAGAUGACUAAGAGAAGUAUGAAGAGGAGAUGAAGGGCAAGGGAAGAAGGGCCAGAUUGAAGGGGAAGGGAUGAGGGUGAAGGGGAGGAAGGGGUUGGGAGGAAGGGGUAUAAGGUACGAAUUAUAUGAGGCAGGAAUGACGGCAGGUGUGAGGGCGGAAUUCGUGAGUCGUUACCACCUGAGAACACGCGAUAGUCUCCUUCUUUAUCUCGCUGUUCCUAUUUUUAUCAUUCUGCGUUCUUCUUCUUCCUUCUACUUCUCUACGCUCUGAUCUUUUUUCCUUCACUCUUUGCUAUAUCUAAUUCUCUGUCUCAUUUCCUCUUUUUUUUUUUAUCAUUUGGGUUCUAAUUUUCCUUUCUUUCUAAUUAUAUUGCUACGCCUAACCUUCUCCUUUCAUCCUUUCUUUAACUAAUUCUGUCUCUGUUCCUAUUUUUUAUCACACUGUAUUUCUCUUUCUAGUUACGUUUCUACUCUAACCUUUUUCUUUCACUCUUUCUUUGUCUUCUUUUCUCUCAGUUCCUACUUUUAUCACACUGCAUUUUUUUUCUAGUUACGUUUCUACUCUUAAACCUUUUUCUUUCACUCUUUCUUUAUCUAAUUCUGUAUCUCAGUUCCUAUUUACGUUCUCCUACAAGCCUUUUUUCCUUAACUUUUAUUUAAUCUAAUUUUGUAUCUUAGUUCCUGUUUGUCAUCAUUUUACGUUCUCCUACAAGCCUUUUUCCCUUCACUUUUCUUUUAUCUAAUUUUAUAUAUUAGUUCCUGUUUUUCAUCUGACUGCGUCCUCCUACAAAACGUCUUUCUUCCACUCUUUCUGUAUCUAAUUCUAUCCCUCAGUCCCUAUUAUUCAUUACCCCGCGUUCCUGUAAUCACACUGCUGUUCCUCAUACAUUAUUCUUCCACUCUUUCUUUAUCUAAUCUUUCGCCAGUCCCUUCAUCGUUUCGUGACCGCAAGAAAGGCAGAAAAUGAGUUGAACGUUACCUAGACCAUUCCUUUCUCUCACUCUUCUUUCCUACCUUCCAUUACCUCUGUUUUGUGUGAGGCUUUGAAUAUGUCACCGUGUGCACUAAAGGUCCCAAGAUGCAAUAUUUAAGAGCCCGGAAGGUACUUGUUAUAUAAAGAUUGCGUUACAUACAUACCUAUACGCGUACAUUGUGCUCUUAUGGUCAGGAGUUACAGGUCGUGAGGUAAUUAUCUAACCCAAUGUAAUUAAGGUAUGGAGAUAUCUAAUUAAGUGUUCUAGGGUCUUAAAAUACCUGGUCCUGGAAUGAUCAAGACUUAAACCUUAGUAAUUUGAAGGGACUGCAAUUAUGUUUGGAUGAUAGAAGAGAACGUUAAUAAGUCUGUGAGUAAAAAGGGUCUUGGAUAUUAGGUCUUGAAGAGGGAGAGUCAAAGGUUCGAAUUGUUGUUUGUGAGAUUCUGUUUGUGUCCCUCGUAACCAAGUAACCUUAGAAACUUAUGGUCAUGGUUGAUUGAUAAAGGGGAAUGUUAACAAGGCUCUACGCAUGAAGGAUCUUGGACAUAACGGCUUGAAGCAGAAGGGUUUGUUAAUCGAAUAGUUGUUUGUGAGAUUCUGUUUGUGUCCCUCGUAACCAAGUAACCUUAGGAACUUAUGGCCAUGGUUGAUUGGUAAAGGGGAAUGUUAACAAGGAUCUACGCAUGAAGGAUCUUGGACAUAACGGCUUGAAGCAGAAGGGUUUAUUAAUCGAAUAGUUGUUUGUGAGAUUCUGUUUCUGCUCCUCGUAACCAAGUAAUCUUCGUAACUUAAAGGUACUACGCUAAAAGGGAACGUUAAGUCUCUAAGUAUGAAGGAUCUUGGACAUAAGGGCUUGAAGCGGAAGGGCUUGUUGAUCGAAUAGCUGUUUGUGAGAUUAUGUUUGUGUCCCUCGUAACUAAAGUGUUCCCUCGAUGUCCCCUCCCACCCUCUGUAUCGUGGCUGUCUCUCCCAUGUAGCCGACGUGUUUACCGGUGAUUCAAGACGAGAAUAAGACUAGUAACGUUGUGGAUAAAAGUGUUGUGCCUUUUUCAGCAAAACUAUGAAAUGUGAAACAAAUUAAAUGUUACCGUGAGUGUGUUUUUUCGUCUUAUCUGUCGAGUUCACUUCUUCCUCAGUGCCGCGAAGUAAAGGCUCGGCGCGGCGCUCGUCAGCCAGUCAUUCUUUGUCUCCAUUUGGGUGUUCGAGGUUCACUCUAUGGUUCUAUGUGUUGUCGUGACUGUCCCUCGGGUGAGACUUGCCAGGGGGCAGCGGAGACGGUCUUGGGAUAAGGACGGAAGGUUAGACAGUAGACGAAACAUGCUCAGACAGCCUUAUACUUUAGUCUUCACGCUUCUCUUUAUUGUGAUCUGAUCUGCCCAUUCUCCCUUACCCUACCUUGGUGCUCUGUUAGGUUUUACUCUGUCUCUUGAAGUAGGGAGGAAAGGUUAGCCAAAAAACCUUACGGAACACCUUUCUAUUUCUGGCUUCACGUUUCUCUUUAUAGUAAUCUGAUCUACUCAUUCUCCUUUACCCAACUUUAGCGCUCUUUUAAGUUUUCUCUAUCUCUUGAAGUAGGGAGGAAAGGUUAGCCAAAAAAACCUCACGGAACACCUUUCUACUUCUGGCUUCACGUUUCUCUUUAUCGUAACCCAAUCUGCCUAUUCUCCCAUUCUUGAAUUCAAUGCGGUGACUAUUCUUGGACUUGUUGCAGUGACUUCGGGCUGACUUCAAGCACGUAAACCAAUAGAGACGUGGUGACUUUUCUUCAUGGACUCAAUGCGGUGACUUUGAGAUGACUUGGAGCACGUUAACCUACAGAGACGCGGUGACGAUUCUAUUUUCAUGGACUAAAUGGCUAACUUCGAGUACGUUAGCCAAAAUGUGACGUGGUGACAGUCCAUUCUUCUUGGUGACUCGGGGCUGACGUCGAGCACGCUAAUCCCUACAGAGACGCGGUGACAGUCCUAUUUUCUUGGUGACUUGGGGCUGACUUCGAGCAGGCUAAUCCAUGGAGACGCAGAGCAGGCAAGUUUCACCUCCCCAGAGCGUCGGAAAGUGCGGCCACAGUCUGUUUCUCGGUGUUCGUGUAGAGACGUAUACAAUCAUGAGUGUUGUACGUACGAGACAAUAUAGUCCCUUCCCUUCUCUUUCUUCUCCUUGUGAAUCGUCUAGGUGGUUCUGAUCCUCCUCCGCCUCUUCUCUUCUUCCCUUCCUUCCUUUUCCAAUUUCCCUUCCGUUUUCUCUCUUCCUUCUCCUCUUCCUUUUCUAAUUCCUCUCCUCUCCUCUCCUCUCCUCUCCUCUCCUACUACCACUACCACUACUACUACUACCACUACUACUAUAACUACUACUAUUAGUGCGACUACAUUAGUCCUUCAUCGUGUAACAAUGUAAUAAUAGUAAUAAUGAUAACUAAAUAAAUACUUCAAUAAACAAAUAAAUAAUACUAAUAGUUAAUAAUACUAAUAAUUCCUAACCCUUGUUGUUGGAGCCACACGCGCGGUCGUACUCGUAAUAAAUAAAGUGUUUUAACUGAAUAGCGAAAUAGUGACGUCAUCGUGUGUACAUAAUAUAUACGUAAACAAACAGGAUCCCCGACCCCCUCAAAGUCAAGAUGUGUUGUGAUAAACGAUUCGAACCUUGUUGUGUCAGUGUGUAUAAGUGUCUCAAUGGUGUGUCGUAGCGAGGCGCGGGGGAGAGCGAGGAGAGGUUGGCUGGUGGUGGCUGCCCCUGACCAAAAGAGAGAGAGUGAGUGAGUGAGUGAGCGAGUGUCUGCGAGAUAUUAUGCAGUGAAAAAAUAUAUAUGAGGAAAUAUAGCAGAAUUGAUCAUG